GAUGAGAACUUCCUUUUCCCUGUGCCUUAAUGUGAGAGGAGCAGGGUCGACUAACUGCUUAAUUCCAAUCCGGCUCCAUCCUCCCUAAAGGCGCUGCAAAUCGUCGCCAGAAUGACCGAACAAAUGACCCUGCGGGGGACCCUCAAGGGCCACAAUGGCUGGGUCACCCAAAUCGCUACCACUCCGCAGUUCCCCGACAUGAUUCUCUCUGCGUCCAGAGAUAAGACUAUCAUCAUGUGGAAGCUGACUCGGGAUGAGACCAACUAUGGGAUCCCCCAGCGGGCUCUGCGUGGUCAUUCUCACUUUGUGAGCGACGUGGUCAUCUCCUCGGAUGGACAGUUUGCACUGUCCGGCUCCUGGGAUGGGACCCUGCGCCUGUGGGAUCUCACCACAGGCACAACCACCCGUCGAUUUGUGGGACACACCAAGGACGUCCUCAGUGUUGCUUUCUCUGCGGACAACCGCCAGAUUGUCUCUGGGUCCCGGGACAAGACCAUCAAGUUGUGGAACACCCUCGGUGUUUGCAAGUACACCAUCCAGGAUGAGAGCCAUACCGAGUGGGUGUCUUGCGUCCGUUUCUCCCCCAACAGCAGCAAUCCCAUCAUUGUUUCCUGCGGCUGGGACAAGAUGGUCAAGGUCUGGAACCUUGCUAACUGCAAGCUGAAGACCAACCACAUCGGCCACACUGGGUAUCUGAACACUGUCACUGUCUCUCCUGAUGGAUCUCUGUGUGCGUCUGGUGGCAAGGAUGGACAGGCUAUGCUGUGGGACCUGAACGAGGGGAAACACCUUUACACCUUGGACAGUGGGGACAUCAUCAAUGCCCUCUGCUUCAGCCCCAACCGUUACUGGCUGUGUGCUGCCACUGGCCCCAGUAUCAAGAUCUGGGAUUUGGAGGGCAAGAUCAUUGUGGAUGAGCUGAGGCAGGAGGUGAUCAGUACCAGCAGCAAGGCCGAGCCUCCCCAAUGCACAUCUCUGGCAUGGUCUGCCGAUGGACAGACGCUGUUUGCUGGCUACACCGACAACCUGAUCAGAGUGUGGCAGGUCACCAUUGGAACCCGUUAGACUUUUUAAAAAUUGUCAUGUUUGAAUAAAAAAUGUUUAAAAACUGUC